GUUCAAUCCACGUCUCUCCCUUCCUCUUUGCCUCCCUUCCCUCUCCUUUUCCUUUCCUGCAGAGCUACUGCACUGCACACAACAGCAACAAACGGUCUAGUGUAAUGUUCUAGUCCAAAUGCGAAGAAAUGCAUGCUUGCUUGUCCACGAUCCAGCCGCACACUCCUCGUCCUUAGCAUAUGCGGAAUCCCAAAUUUAACCCCCACUGGAGAAGCAGGAGCAGUGGUACGACGGUGUUGAUAAGAGGUGAGUGGCCUCAGCUGUUUGCUUCUACAGUAGCUAGCUAUAGUCUCCAGUACAUUCGACGUUGCAGCAGUGGAACCUAGCUUUUUGCCCCAUCAUCUCUGCUCUGCUUGAGCGUGACUCGCACAGUGCAUGUGCUAGCUGCCUCUGUAGCCCGAGAGAGAGAGAGAGAGAGAGAGAGAGAGAGAGUGUGUGUGUGUGUGUGUGUGUGUGUGCAGCAGACGCACACGGACGGACACGGCGAGGCGAACCACUGGCCGAUAGUGCGGCCAGCACCAAGCGUGCGUCCCCUUUGCAGUUGCAGUCCAGUCAUCCUUCAUCAUCUUGCUUUCAGUUGCAGUUGCAGGAGGAGAGGCCCGAGUUGCUCCUCGCUCUUCUGCUGAUUGGUCUCCUCUCUCAUCCCAUCAUCGUCUUCUUCGAGAGAUAAGAAUAAAUAAUACUAUAUGGCCAUCAUACUCGUACGAGCAGCGUCGCCGGCGGGGCUCUCCGACGCCGCCGGCAUCAUCAGCCACCAUGGGAGUCUCCAGUGCUCCUCUCUGCCUCUGCUCAACAAGAGGCCGGCCCCGGCCCGGCGGUGGAUGCUCUGCUCGCUCAGGUACGGGUGCCUUGGCCUCGACCCCGGCCGCCCCUCCCCGCCCGCCGUCUACUCCAGCCUCGCCGUCAACCCGGCGGGAGAGGCCGUCGUCUCGUCCGAGCAGAAGGUCUACGACGUCGUGCUCAAGCAGUCGGCAUUGCUCAAACGCCAGCUGCGCAAGCCGGUCCUCGACGUCGUCAGGCCCCAGGAGGACCUGGCGGAGAUGCCACGCAACGGCCUCAACCAAGCCUACGACCGCUGCGGCGAGAUCUGUGAGGAGUAUGCCAAGACGUUUUACCUCGGAACUAUGUUGAUGACAGAGGAGCGGCGCCGCGCCAUAUGGGCCAUCUAUGUGUGGUGUAGGAGGACAGAUGAGCUUGUGGAUGGGCCAAACGCCAACUACAUUACACCAACAGCUUUGGACCGGUGGGAGAAGAGACUUGAGGAUCUGUUCGCGGGACGUCCUUACGAUAUGCUCGAUGCUGCUCUCUCUGAUACCAUCUCAAGGUUCCCCAUAGACAUUCAGCCAUUCAGGGACAUGAUUGAAGGGAUGAGGAGUGACCUUAGGAAGACAAGGUAUAACAACUUUGACGAGCUCUACAUGUACUGCUACUAUGUUGCUGGAACUGUCGGGUUAAUGAGCGUACCUGUGAUGGGCAUCGCACCCGAGUCUAAGGCAACAACUGAAAGUGUGUAUAGUGCUGCCUUGGCUCUCGGAAUUGCUAACCAACUCACGAACAUACUCCGGGAUGUUGGAGAGGAUGCUACAAGAGGGAGGAUAUAUUUACCACAAGAUGAGCUCGCACAGGCAGGGCUCUCUGAUGAGGACAUCUUCAAGGGGGUCGUCACAAACCGAUGGAGAAACUUCAUGAAGAGGCAGAUCAAGAGGGCGAGGAUGUUUUUUGAGGAGGCAGAGAGAGGGGUAACUGAGCUCUCACAGGCUAGCAGAUGGCCAGUAUGGGCUUCCCUGUUGCUGUACAGGCAAAUCCUGGAUGAGAUUGAAGCGAACGACUACAACAACUUCACAAAGAGGGCCUAUGUUGGUAAAGGGAAAAAAUUGCUGGCACUUCCUGUGGCAUAUGGGAAAUCGCUACUGCUACCGUGUUCAUUGAGAAAUACCCAAACCUAGCCGCCAGAGAAGCUGCAAAGAAAGGGGUUCAGGUUAGGCUAGAUAGAAAUUAAAUAGGGCAAUGUCAUCACAUCAGACCUGAUGAAAAUAGACAACCUGGUGAAUUGGUGGGGUAUCAUACGAAUUGUUGGGAUCAGGUACAGCACAGAUUAAAGCCAACCUAGAUGGAUGUGGAACAUUAUAUUCGCAUGUAUAUCCUCUUAUUAAUUAGGAGCAUAUAUGUGUCUCCACUCUCCAGGAAAGAACCAACAUGGUAUACUGUUUUUCUCAUCCCAAAUUUGAGGGAAAAACAAUGGUGACGCUCUGUAAAUGCCAAUGGUAAAUAGUAUAUCUUAGGAAGCUUA